UCUUUCUCCGUGUUCCUUAAUUCAUCACGAAAUUAAGCUGUUGAAGCUUUUUCGCGUUUUGGGUUUUUGAUUUCUUGCAGUUUUUGAGUUUGCACUGUUGCCGUCGUAGAGAGGGGGAAGGGAGAGAUGUUUAAGGAAAUGAUCAGCAAGAAGAACCAUCUGCAUUUGAAGUGCUUGAAUCACAUAUCAAUGCAGUGCCGGUCCGUCGAAGAGUCUAUCAAUUUCUAUUGCAACGUCCUCGGUUUUGUUCCCAUUCGAAGGCCUAGUUCGUUUGACUUCGAUGGUGCUUGGCUAUUCAACUAUGGGAUCGGCAUUCAUCUGAUCAAAUCCGAGGACCUGGAUGGACUGCCGGAAGUCGGUCAAAUCAAUCCCAAAGACAGGCACAUUUCUUUCCAGUGCGAAAGCAUGGAAACGGUGGAGAAGAAGCUGAGGGAGAUGAAGAUAGAGUUCGUGAACGGCCAAGUGGUGGAAGGCGGUAUCGCCGUCGAUCAGCUCUUCUUCCAUGACCCUGAUGGCUUGAUGAUCGAGGUCUGCAACUGUGAGAACAUCCCGGUGGUUGCACUUGACGACGAUGGAGAUGCCAUUUGAGGGUGCUCGCUAGUGAACGGCGAUAACGUGGAGCAAGAGGCGACAAUACAAUCGAGCUGUGUUCGACACCAUAUUAAAUGAAUUGGGCUGCGAUUUUCAUGCAUGAUAGUGUAGAAGAAGAAAGGUGGAGAAAUCAGAAGCUGUUAUUUUGUAGGAUCAAUUCGUUCAUUCAUAUGUGUAUGUAUUCUUUUGAGUUUGAACUUUUUUGUUGCUUUCGGACUCGAGUCCGGCGAUUAAUGCAUUCUUUUUUCCUCUUUGUAUA